AUGGCCGCCCCUCCUCCCGCCGCUCGAUCCGGAAAGAAAGUUACCGCCGCCACCUCCCCCUCAGACGCACGUCCAGCUACCUCUGCCGGAGAAUCUCGCCCCUCACAGGAUCGUACUCGCCGUACCGGGCGCAUGUCGGUCAGUACUUCGAACGCCAGCGAUGUUCCAGUUCUGGGCCACGUCGUCGGCGACGAUCGCAGAAGGUCUGGAGGUCUGAACUUUCCUCCUGUAGCUAUCGUUCAGGAUGAUCCUGCCAACGCCCCACAGACCACCGUUACGCCGCCUACUCCGACCGAAGGUGGCUCUCACUUCCCGCCGAAGAGUCCGGUCGGUGCUGUCGUCAACGGAACGAACGGAAGGCGAAGUCGCGCAGGCUCGCUUAGCAAUACCCCUAGCAAGCUCUCGCAGAGCAUUGUCAGCGAGGGCGGCGUAACCCAGGACAGCUAUAACGGAAACAUCCCCAACAACAACAACGGUGCAGGAGGCGGAUUCUUUCAAACGAUGUUCUCGGCCGCACAGAAUGCCGCUACCGGCUUGACGAACGCCAUCCCCAUCAACCUCGCGAACAAUACCGGUAUCCGACCGCGAAGUGCGACAGGCGACUCCGACGGAUCGAAAGGAGGCGCUUCAACCACGGCAGCUUCGGUCCAAGAGGGGGCACAAGUACCGGAGAGAGAACCUGCGAUCAAAACUUUGGGGAAGGGCGAACUGAAUCUUGCAACUUUGGGCAUCGUUCCGGAUCCCCAGCCGACCACACAGAUGGACGGUGCGCAAGCUUCCGCGACCAGACUGUCAGGACCGCGAAGUGGAGACAAUGCAUUCGGAGACGGGGCGCAAUCGGUCCCAAAUUCCGCGGCGACGGCACACGGCAGUUUCGAGAUGGCCAACGACAGCCCGAUUAGCCAUCGGACUCCGUACGCUGAGGACGCGCCUAUGCUGGGGGCUGGAGCUCGCAGCUCUGCAGGUGAGGUUACUCCCGACAGGAAUAGCUUGCUACUGGGCGACGACGAGGAUGGCAACUACGAGGGUGAUCGCAAGAGAUCUGGCAGUGUGCGAAGCGGCAAUCAGACGCCGACAACGAAAAGAGGGCGCGGAGGUUCGGCGGCGUCACAGCAGCCUAGCUACGCUCUGCCGGUUUCUAGACCUACCGGAUUCGCUGUGGCCAGCAAGAAGCGGAAUCGCGACUUUCACAAUCUCUUCAAGUCUGUCCCGGAGGAUGACUAUCUCAUCGAAGACUACGGGUGCGCCUUGCAAAAGGAGAUUUUGCUACAGGGAAGACUGUACGUGUCCGAAGGCCACAUAUGUUUCCACUCGAACAUUCUCGGUUGGGUGACGACUCUAGUUAUCUCCUUCGAUGAGGUUAUGAGCGUUGAGAAGAAGAGUACCGCGUUACUGUUCCCGAACGCCAUCGUCAUCCAGACGCUGCAUGCCAGGCAUAUCUUCGCGAGUUUCAUAUCACGAGACUCCACCUACGACCUGAUUCUCGGUCUGUGGAAUAUCGGUCAUCCGCAAAUAGUUGCCGGCAAUGGAGAGGCACAUCUCGAUGGAGCCCCAGCCGAAGGUGAUAGCGGGGAUGAGGACGACGACGAGUACGAAGAGGAGACGGACGACGAUCUCGGUGAAUCGUUUACCGAUGCCGGAGAUGGCCAGUACGAAGACGUCGAUAAUGUUCCCGUCAUAUCCUCAUCCAAGGGCCCAAGUCGUAAAGCCUCGCAGUUGCCGCUUGGUGGUGGUAGUGGUGGAGGUGCUGCUGCUGCCGGUAACGACGGAGCUGCUGCCGGUGGAGUCGACUUUCCAGGCCCCAAAGCCCACGCACCGACGGCUUGUGGGGAUGACGACAAGCACUAUGACAAGAUACUAUGCGACGAAGUUCUCCCUGCUCCUCUCGGACGCAUUUAUUCCCUUCUUUUCGGACCCGCGUCAUAUCCCUUCAUUAGUCAUUUACUCACGGACGAGGAGAAGAUCCUCGAGCUGGAUAUGCCUAACAACGCCGAGUGGGAUGACGUGGAAGGGAAGAAGACCAGGAAAUUUUCGUACGUCAAGCCUCUGGCUGGUGGUAUUGGUCCUAGCAAAACAAGAUGUCUCAUCACGGAGACGAUCGAGUUCUGCGAUUUGGAGGAUCAUGUCAGCGUCCUUGGAUCGACCCAAACUCCGGAUGUUCCAUCUGGAGGUGUGUUUUCCGUCAAGACGAGAUAUUGUCUCUCUUGGGCAGAGGGAAAUACGACGAGGCUCGUUUGUACUUGCACUGUCGAAUGGACCGGAAAGAGUUGGAUUAAGGGUCCAAUUGAGAAAGGUGCCAGCGACGGUCAGAUUGCGUACAAUAAGACGCUGCUUAUGUGCUUGAAGAGGGAGAUUGUCCCCAAACGGGCGAUUGCCGCAGGAGGGAAGGGAGGGAAGGGAGGCAAGGGCAGGCGUAGAAAAGAUACCGGGACUGGAGGCGCUGCCACUAGACCUGCUACGACCACCGCUGCGGCCACUCCAGCCAACGACUCCUGGGGACCACUCGAGAUACUCAAGCCAAUAUUUAGUCCUAUAACCGACAUCCUCGGCCCACUGCUACCCGCCAACUUCGGUCUGGUCGUGGUCACGAUACUGGUAACAUGGAUAGUCGCCACCCGGCUCCGCGGCGGCGGCACACCAGCAGCCGCCGGCCUCGCGCGCCCCGGCGGAUCCUACGCACCAGACCGAUGGGAUGACCGAUGGCGACACGAGGAGGAGGGCCUGUGGGAAUGGCUCGAGGACCGCGCGGGCCUAGACCGUAUUCCGAGCAUGCGCCAGCAGGAUAUCCGCCAGAAAGCUUUCGAGAAGUCGUUCCGCGUCAAGACUGCCGGCGCCGCCAUGAAGGACCUCCAGGUUGAGGAGGCCCUCGGUGUGCUCAAGGAACGUGUCGAGAUGAUGGAGCGCAUCAUGAGCGAAAAGAAGGCGUCGUCUACGGCCGUCCCAGUGGCAGUGGCAGCCGAGGAGGAGCAGCUUGAGGUGGACAAAAAGGAACUGAGAUAA